UGUGUGUAUGUGUGUCGCUGAACUGGUGGGAGCAGAGAGGACCAGUGACUGGAGCAGAGGAGACAAGUGCAAGAGGCUCUGCGCUCAACGGGACUCCACGUAAAUAAACACAGCCGACGGCAUCGCUGCGUCGCAGGGGGACUGAAGAUACUGAACGGGCUUCGUGUUUUACCUCCGAGGGAAGAGAUAAGAUUGAAGAAAACCACAGCAGAAGAAGCAGACAACUAGCCAGGGAAGCAGAGGAUAGAGGGGAUUCAAUUUUUUUCUGGCAUUUCCCCUCCUGAAGGAUGUGAACACACACAAACGUCAGUCUGUUUUCCCUGCCUGUUGUGAAUGUGCACGUGUCCUCAGACAGCGUGACCGAGCAAAGAGACGAGGAGUCACUGCGUUUUGGGGCCAACCUUUGCGUCACACACUGAUGAUGGAGAGGAGGAGGAUGGACGCAGCACUGCUGGUGCUGCUCCUGGGACACCUCGCCACUGCGUUGGAGGUCCCACUAGACCUGCCGCAGCCGCCGACCAUAACUCACCAAUCCCCCAAGGAUUACAUCAUCGACCCACGAGAGAAUAUUAUAAUCCACUGCGAGGCGAAGGGAAAGCCUCACCCCAGUUUUUCCUGGACAAGAAAUGGGACCCACUUUGACAUCGACCAGGACCCCAAUGUGACCAUGAAGCCCCACUCUGGGACCCUGGUGGUGGACAUAAGCAGAGCGAAGGCUGAACACUACGAAAGCGUGUACCAGUGCACGGCAAGGAACAAACAUGGAACUGCUGUUUCCAAUAACAUAGUCGUUCAACAGUCCAGGUCCCCGUUGUGGUCGAAGGAGAAAAUCAAGCCAAUUGUCGUUCAGGAGGGCGUGUCCUUGGUGCUGCCAUGUCGACCCCCUGCUGGCCUGCCUCCUCCCAUCAUAUUCUGGAUGGACAAUUACUUCCAGAGGCUGCCUCAGAGCAGCAGGGUGUCCCAGUCCCUGAACGGAGACCUUUACUUCUCUAAUGUACUCAAAGAGGAUUCAAGGAACGACUACAUCUGCUACGCCCGCUUCCCAUACACACAAACCAUCCAGCAGAAACAACCCAUCACUGUCAAGGUCCUCAGCAUGGAUGCAAUCAAUGACACAAUGGCAGCUUUUUACAAUGACACUGAUUUAUUUAGUGAAGAGCCAGCGGAUGAGAGGAAGCCAAUCUUCCUAAUCCCAUCUGGCCCCUCCAGCUCCAAGACUGUGUUGAGAGGACAGGUGCUGGAGAUGGAGUGUAUUGCCGAAGGACUGCCCACCCCUGAAAUCUCCUGGACCAAAGUGAGCGGAGAUCUACCAGCCAAGCGAACAUCCUUCCUGCACUACCAGAGGACACUUCGUAUCGUGAACGUGUCUGAGUCAGACGCAGGAGACUACCGCUGCACUGGCAGGAAUCGGCUCGGCUCGGUGCACCACACCAUCCACAUCGUGGUCAAUGCCGCUCCAUAUUGGAUCAGUGGUGCCCCCAGGAACCUUGUUCUAGCUCCAGGAGAGAAUGGCGUGUUGACCUGCAGGGCCAGUGGCACGCCCAAGCCCUCCGUCACCUGGGCUAUGAAUGGCAUCCCCAUAGAGAAUUCCCCUAAAGAUCUCAGCAGAACAGUGGACAAGGACACCAUCAUCUUCACUGUUGUGCAGACCGGAUCCAGCGCCGUCUACCAGUGUAAUGUCUCCAAUGAUUACGGUUACCUCCUGUCCAAUGCCUUCGUCAAUGUGCUCUCGGAGCCGCCCAGAGUGCUGACACCAGCCAACAAAGUCUACCAGGUCAUCAAAAAUCACAGAGCCCUGAUGGACUGCGCUUCCUUUGGGUCACCCAUCCCUAACAUUACAUGGUUCAAAGACAGUCGGUCCAGCACCCUGGAUGGAGACCCUUACAUCCUUCAUGACAAUGGGACUUUAGAGAUUCACGUAGCUCAAGCCCACAAUAGUGGCAAAUACACCUGCGUGGCCAGGAACAGCCUCGGUAUCUAUGAGAAUCACAUCUACCUGGAGGUCAAAGAGCCAACUCGAAUCCUGAAGCAGCCAGAGUACAAAGUGGUCCAGAGGGGCAGGUCUGUGGUGUUUGAGUGUAAGGUGAAACACGACCCCUCUCUCAUCCCCACCAUGACCUGGCUCAAAGACGAUGGGGAGCUGCCCGAUGAUGAGAGAUUAAUCGUAGACGCUGACAGCCUCACUAUCAGCAGUGUGACCGAGAAUGAUUCGGGGGAGUACACCUGCAUCAUGAACACCACUCUGGACCAUGAUUCAGCCAGCGCUCAGCUCACUGUUGUCGAGGCCACGCCAACACCAGCUGUCGACGAGCGACCCGACCCCCCAACUGACCUAGAGCUGACAGACCAGAAAAAGAGGAGUGUUCAGCUCACUUGGACUCCUGGGGAUGAACAUAACAGUCCUAUUCAGAAAUUUCUGAUCCAGUAUGAAGACAUAAUGCACCACCGCGGCCACUGGCAUAAUCUUACCGAGGUGCCCGGAACCAAGACGACAGCUCACCUCAAACUGUCACCGUACGUCCAUUACACCUUCAGAGUUUUGGCCCACAAUGGUGUGGAUUUCAGCCGCCCCAGUGUCCCCUCCAGAGUGUUCAAGACAGAUGCUGCAGCCCCAGACGAGAACCCAACUGGUGUACAGGGAUUUGGAACAGAACACGAUAAUCUUGUAAUCUCAUGGAAGCCGCUGUCGGGCUUCCAGUCUAAUGGUCCAGGGCUUCACUAUAAAGUGAGCUGGAGGCCAGUGGGAGGUGAAUGGACCACAGUGACUGUGGCUAACAAUUCCAAGUUCACUGUGUCUGGAACGCCCACAUUUGUUCCAUAUGAGAUAAAAGUUCUGGCUGCGAAUGACCUCGGAGAUGGACCUGAGCCUGCUAUUGCUCACGGCUACUCAGGGGAGGACUUGCCAAUAGCAGCUCCAGAAAAUGUGCAGGUCAUGGUGAUGAACAGCACUCUGGCAGAGGUACACUGGGAUCCUGUGCCCUCUAAAUUAAUCCGGGGACAUCUUAAAGGAUUUAAGGUGCACUACUGGAGAGAGCACAGCCUCCAUAAACACAACUCCCAUCACAUGGAGCAGAUCCUGGUCUUCAGCGGGAACCACAGCCACGGCAUGCUGCCUGGUCUGCACCCCUUCAGUCUGUACUCAUUCAAUGUGAGGGUUUAUAACGGCAAGGGAGACGGCCCCCCCAGCCACACCCAGCAGUUUGAGACACCUGAAGGAGUGCCGGGUCCUCCCACUUCCCUGACAGUCACCAACCCCAGCCCAGACUCUCUAACCCUUGAAUGGAGUCCUCCUCAUGUUCGCAAUGGACGGAUCACUGGCUACAGCCUCAAAUAUCAGCCAGUCAAUAACUCCAAUGAGCUGGGCCCAGUGGAGGAGCUGGCCCUGCCCGCCAAUGAGACCUCAGUCACUUUGUCCAACCUCAAGUACAACACACGCUACAAGUUUUAUUUGAAUGCGAAAACAGUCAGGGGAGCAGGCCCAACCAUUCCUCAGGAAGCUCACACCAUCAUCGACGAAGCUCUAAUAUCACAGCCUGACGUAGAUCUGGGCACAGGAAACACCCAAACCUCUCAUCCCAUUGCACGGUCUCCUCCACGCCAUCCGCCCCACAAGGCGCUGCCUGUGAGUCCUUUUGGGAACGUUACCUCCUCGGUUCAAGAGGGCGGGGCCCUGAUCAGUUGGGAGUACUGGGGGCCGGAGAAAAACGUUUAUGUAGAAUACAUAGUAGAAAACAGUGAAGAUGAAGAGGAGUGGCAGAAAGAGCUUGUGAACGGCUCUCAGAACAUAAUGCUGAAAGGCUUAAAGGGGGGCCUCGCCUAUAGGGUGCGUUUGGUGGCCAAGGGUCACCACGACCAGUCACUCCACCAGUCUAAGGAGCUUUUGGUCACGGUCCCAGCUGUGGCGAGCAGACAGGUAGACAUCGCCACACAGGGAUGGUUCAUUGGCCUCAUGUGUGCCAUCGCUCUGCUCAUCCUGAUCCUCCUCAUUAUCUGCUUCAUCCAGAGGAAUAAGGGAGGGAAAUACCCAGUCAAAGAGAAGGAGGACGCACACACGGACCCAGAGUUCCAGCCCAUGAAAGACGAUGACUGUACUUUUGGGGAAUACAGUGACAAUGAGGACCAUAAACCGUUAAAAGGAAGCCGCACGCCGUCUAAUGGGACAGUUAAGAGAGACGACAGUGACGACAGUUUAGUUGACUACGGGGAAGGAGGAGAUGGACAGUUCAACGAGGAUGGCUCGUUUAUUGGCCAGUAUAGUGGAAAGAGUGUCAGCAGGGACACUGCUGAGGGCCACGAGAGCUCGGAGGCCCCAUCCCCCAUUAACGCCAUGAACUCCUUGAACUCUUUUGUGUAGCCUAGCAGACCGGUAUGAGGUGGUGCACUGACUGCUCAACCCCCACAUCUCUCUCUUAGAGGGCUGUUCCAACACUGCAUGGCUUUAUGAUCAAAUCUGCAUCCCCAAUGCUACACAUGACACAUGAAAUACAGACAACUCAUCAAAGACACGUAUGUUUCACUUGGAAAGACUUCAUGGAGAGGCUUUGAAACGUGUGCUCUUUACAGUGUAUCCCAAGCAGCAUUUAGGAAGGAAGAAGGGAGUAGCUCACCCAGACAUUUGAUUAGUGCAGUGAUUUUAAUAGUGCAUAAAAUACCUGAUAUGACCUAAAUCCAUAUAUUAAUUAACACUUUGAUAUUAAUAAAUGUUGCAUUCUUACCAUAAAUCUCUAAUAGACUAUGCAGUGCUCGUCUGAACUAUAUUUGUUUUUGUUAUUUGGUUAUUAUAUUAUCUACUAUGUUCAAAUAGUAGUCAGUGUCUACAGUAAAUGACUAUUAUUUCAUGUAUUUUUCCAACACAGAAGCUUGUACAGGAUUCUGUAUUUAAUAAUAUAAUCCAUCCAUGUAAUUUCAUCAUGCAUUUACAGUGCACAAGGCAGAUCAUGUACAGUGUAUAUAUAUAUAAAGUGAACUAUCUGUAAACGGAAUACUGGGAGCAGUGCACACCGCUUGCUUGACAUUUGCUGCAUUCAUAAAUCCUCAUCUUGUGAAUGAUCCAACUAUACCUACGAAGGAGGAGGCUGAAAUGCUGCAUGGCAUGUCAUAUGACCACAUAAUCUUUGCCCUGCAUGUAACCUCCUCUUACUGAGUUUGAGUUGAAGGCCAGUGAGGAUCGCUGAGGGCGUGACAGCUUGCUUCAGUCCCCACAGUGCCCCUUCAGCAGGUAGUGCCUUUUCUUCAAAACAAUGAUAUGAUUCCGAAGUCUCUCUCCAGAGUUCAUUGACUGGAACAGAGAGAGUAGUCGGCCUGCAGAAGUCACAUCCAAGGAUGGAUAAGAUAAGCUUGAGAAGAGGACUGUGGAGGGAGGAAUAAAUACUCUUGUCAAGACACCUCCCAAUGCCUUGAGACACAGGACUGGCUCCGAUUCCUCCAAGAAGCGAAAAGCACCCACAUAACAUCGUUAAAACCGUGUCUGGUGCAAGCCUGCAGUCAUUAUGUACAGUACCUGAUUGUAUUUCUGCAGUGUAUGAAUGUUUGGACAUCUGUGAGUGUGUAGGUGUGUGUGUGUGUGUGUGUGUGUGUGUGUGUGUGUGUGUGUGUGUGUGUGUGUGUGUGUGUGUGUGUGUGUGUGUGUGUGUGUGUGUGUGUGUGUCCGCACACGGAUCCAGUACAUUAUUCAAUACCUAUUAGGGAAAAAUUGUUCACUUUUACUGACUACACUUGAGGGCCUUUGGAUGGGAUCAAGAUUUAUUUUCUCUUAACUUGCAUCAAGUUUUUUUUUUUAAAGACAUGUAGAAUAUUUGUUCAAUUUGUAAAUACCUUCAUCCAUUGUACAGGUACAAGCAACUUGUAAGGCAGCCUAAGAGGUAAUAUUGUGCAUGAUAUGGUUUAACUUGUUGAUAGGACUGUAUUAAAUAUAGAGUACUUGUAGAGAAUAUAUAUACUCUUUUUUUCUUGCUGUGCACAGUGUAUAUUGUACUGUAACUAACUGGACAGAAAAUUGCAUAUACAUUUCAAUUCUGGUUGUUUUCCGAUUUGCUUGUCAGCAAGUUACAUAACUUUGGUAUUUUAUGAAAACAUGUAGGAUAUAGCAACAAUAUUAAUUGAUGCAAAGAAUUAUAUUAUUCUGAUUUGUAUUGGUUCUACACAGUCCCAGUAUACUGCCAAAAUGAUGCUUUUUUUCUGACAGUAUUGCAAAUGGUUUUGUAUUUAAGAAACAGAUUUGUACUAACAGAUUUUUUCUUUCUCUAUUUAAGUUUCUCCUUUUAGUGCAAGUAUGAAAUUCAAGCUACUGGAAUAUAAUGAAUGAAUAAAUAAUUAUCUGCUUUAA